GACAUGGGCACGUCUUGCUGUCUAACUGACUGGUAAAUCUAACGGGAGAAAUACACUAUACAAAGAUUCCUGGACCCGAUUAACACCAAACAAAUAUAAAUAAGGUAAUUCAACAAGUAAACCAAAUGGGUGAAGAAAGCUUGAGAAAAAGAAAAGGAGAGGACAACAGAAAAGAGGAUGGACAAUCCACUAGGAGUCAUGAAGCCCAAACGACGAACCUACAAAAGCAGGUGGGCCUCAUCAGUGGAAUCUGUAUGAUUGUUGGUACAAUUAUUGGUUCAGGCAUCUUUGUUUCUCCAAAAUCGGUACUUGCCAAUGUUGGAGCUGUGGGUCCUUGUUUAACCAUCUGGGCAGCCUGUGGAAUUCUUGCAACAUUAGGUGCGCUUUGUUUUGCUGAGCUUGGUACAAUGAUCACAAAAUCCGGGGGAGAAUAUCCUUACCUUAUGGAGGCAUUUGGCCCAAUUCCAGCAUUUCUGUUUUCUUGGACAAGCUUACUCGUCACAAAACCCAGUUCAUUUGCCAUCAUUUGUCUCAGCUUUGCGGAAUACGCAUCAGCUCCUUUUUAUCCAGGUUGCGAUCCACCCCAAGUUGUCACCAAGUGUCUUGCAGCAGCUGCCAUUGUGAUAAUUACAAUAGUGAAUUCACUGAGUGUAAAGCUGGGAAGCUAUCUCCAGAAUCUUCUCACAGCUGCUAAAAUGAUCAUUGUCACAAUCAUUAUUGUAAGUGGAAUUGUUCUCCUUGCACAAGGAAAAACGGAAAACUUUAAAGAUUCUUUCAAGGACAGUAAAAUUUCUGUUAGCUCUAUCAGCCUGGCAUUUUAUAAUGGCCUCUGGGCAUACGAUGGAUGGAAUCAACUAAAUUACAUCACAGAAGAACUUAAAAAUCCUUACAGAAAUCUACCGCUAUCUAUAAUUAUUGGAAUCCCCUUGGUUACAGUUUGUUACGUUCUGAUAAACAUUUCCUAUUUCACCGUAAUGACUUCAACAGAACUCCUGCAGUCCCAGGCAGUUGCUGUGACAUUCGGAGAUAGAGUCCUUUAUCCAGCCUCUUGGAUAGUUCCUCUCUUUGUGGCCUUUUCUACAAUUGGAUCUGCCAAUGGGACCUGUUUUACUGCAGGCAGACUGGUUUAUGUUGCAGGGCGCGAAGGGCACACGCUAAAAGUGCUCUCUUACAUUAGUGUUAAGCGUUUAACACCAGCACCUGCUAUCAUAUUUUACGGGGCCAUUGCCAUUAUUUAUAUUAUCCCUGGUGACAUUGACACACUCAUAAAUUAUUUUAGUUUUGCAGUCUGGAUAUUUUAUGGUUUAACCAUACUUGCACUCAUUGUUAUGAGGUUUACAAGAAAGGAACUCAGGAGACCAAUCAGGAUACCCAUCAUCAUUCCAGUCAUAGUGACAUUAGUCUCCGUUUUACUGGUACUGGCCCCAAUCAUCAGUGCACCUGAACUGGCCUAUUUGUACUGUCUUUUAUUUAUACUUAGCGGACUUAUAAUUUAUGUACUUUUUGUUCAUUUUAAAUUCAACUGGCCCCAAAAAAUAUCAAAGCCCAUCACUAUGCACCUUCAGAUGCUUUUGGAAGUUGUUCCAGCAGAGGAAGUUACUGAAUAAAACAUUUUAUAUGUAUCGGGUUGGUUUUAAGUGCUAUACUGGUUGAAGGAGAUUCAAUUUAGUUUGGCACACAUUCAUACUUUCAAAAUUGUUAUGUUUGUACUGGUGUAUUAUUUUUGCAACACUUUAGUACUUGAAAAACAUUAUAUAAUAAAAGGUUUCUGAGCC